UGGAGCACACAUUCGGAUUCGGGGUGGAGCAGUCCGAGCAGCCAAAAGGGAGGAAAAAAAUGUGAAGGGUAAAAAAAAAGUUCCUCGUUGCAACUCCUCCAGCCCUCUUAGUUUCCAAAUGUUCACUGUAGCAGUGCGUGCUCUCUUCGGUUCACCCUGGCGAGCUGCGGCUUAGAAAAAGGAACUUCUACAGUGAACAGAGAGCUGCGAGAGAGAUCGGAGCGCAAGCUGAAGUUGUGACAGUUUGUGGAGGGAGAGCGCUUUGGGGAGGUUUUACGCAUUGCGCAGGAUGCAGGCGCGCUAUUCCGUCUCCAGUCCCAAUUCUUUGGGAGUCGUGCCCUACAUCAGCAGCGAUCAGAGCUACUACCGGGCCGGCGGGGGAUACACGGGAAUGCCUGCGGCUAUGAGCAUGUACUCGCACGCAGCCCACGAGCAGUACCCGGCCAGCAUGGCCCGGCCGUACGGACCGUACACUCCUCAGCACCAGCCGAAGGACAUGGUGAAACCCCCUUACAGCUACAUCGCCCUCAUCACCAUGGCGAUUCAGAACUCGCCAGAGAAGAAGAUCACCCUGAACGGGAUUUAUCAAUUUAUCAUGGAGAGGUUCCCCUUCUACCGGGACAACAAGCAGGGCUGGCAGAACAGCAUACGGCACAACCUGUCCCUCAACGAGUGCUUUGUUAAAGUGCCCCGGGACGACAAGAAGCCCGGUAAGGGCAGCUACUGGACUUUGGACCCCGACUCCUACAACAUGUUUGAGAACGGCAGCUUUCUACGGCGCCGGAAGAGGUUCAAAAAGAAGGACGUGCAGAGGGACAAGGACGAGCGGGACAGGCAAAGCAAAGAUCCCUCUGUCCGCACGGCGGGCCGGGAGCCCGAGCCGUCCAUGCAGGGCUCCCAGCCGGUGCGGAUCCAGGAUAUAAAGACUGAGAAUGGGAACUCCACGCCGCCUCAGGCCGCAUCCCCGACCCUGGGCGCCGUGCCCAAAAUCGAGAGUCCAGAUAGCAGAAGCAGCCUGUCAACGGGCAGCCCGCACAGCGUCCCCUCCACCCGGUCACUCAGCAUCGAAGGAACCGAGCACCAUCACCACGGCCAGGCCCCUGCGCAGGGCUUCAGCGUGGAUAACAUCAUGACCUCCAUGCGGGGGUCUCCGCAGGCCGAGCUCUCCCCACCUCACAUCGCCUCCUCUCGGACAGGUAUCGCCCCUUCACUGCCGCUCAGCUACUCGCCGAACCAGACGUCCGCUUACAGCUCAACGACCUGCAACCAGAACGCCAUUUCCACGGGCUCCAACGCCACUUAUCACUGCAACAUGCAAGCCAUGAGUCUAUACGCAGGGGAUAGAUCCUCCAGCGGCCACCUGGCCCCUUCCACCACAGUGGACGAGGCUCUGCCCGAUUAUUGCAUCACCACGACCACCGCGUCCUCACUUGGGCACGGAAACCUGAGUCAGGCGGGCCAGGACGGUCACCACGCACACCAGGGUCGGCUCGCAUCUUGGUAUGGGGACCUGAGUCACUUGAGCCCGGGUUACCCGGCGCAGCAGCAGAACUUCCACUCGGUGCGGGAGAUGUUCGAGUCCCAGCGGAUCGGGCUGAACGGCUCUCCAUUGAACGGGAAUAAUAGCUGUCAGAUGGCCUUCCCGUCCGGACAGUCCAUCUAUCGCACCUCAGGAGCUUUUGUUUAUGAAAAGUUCUGAAAGCCAAGCGCAUCUUUUAAAUUAAUAACUCUAAUAUAUAAUUUCUCUCUAUAUUUUUUUGUACUUUUGGUCUUUCAUUCACACUCCGAAUGGACAAGCGAUUCAGAGAGAUUUUUUGUCUUUUGUAUUUUUUGUGCAGAGCUGUGUAACACCAAAACACGUAAGUUUCCUUCCCUCUCACUUCGAGAAUAGUUUCUAAAGAUGGCUCAAACCCGGCUGUUACGACUAGACUGUAAAUUAUAGCCUAAUAUAGUAAUUUAUUUUUUAGGAAAAGGGAGUGGUUGGACAUUGAGGACCAAACACUUUUUCCCCCUCCGCAGUUUUCUUAUUGCUGCAUUUUAAUUGUCCCAGUUCUUGUAUAGAAAUAGAGGGACUGUGUAGCCUAUACUGACUUAUUCUAUUCAUUUUGUGUUAUUUGUUUAAAAAAUACUUUGAAGGCAUUACAUUUUGUUUUGUUUAAUAAAGUGCCGUUUAUUUGAAUUUGAGUGAUUUAUUAGUAACGCUAGAGCCAAAGUAAGGGGACAUUUCUUGAAUUCAGAAAUAGCUGCACGGUAGUUAAAUAUAUUUCAAUUCAAAAUGUAUUAUAAAGCGCUAAAUUCACCUAAACGUUCUGAUUUUUUAAAGAGAGAAGGAGAAAGAAAUAAACAAAAUAAAAGCCCGUUUAUGCGUAUUAAAGUAUUUAAGUGAAUACAUAAAUUUUCCAACUUGAUGGAAAAGCUUUUAUAAGUCGGUUGACUUCAGACUGUGGCCCAUGCACAGGCGAGCCGAGUUUACCUUUCAAAGUGAAAGCAGCUUAGCAGAUGCCAUUUUCUUUUUUUAAUGCGAGGCUCCAGCCUCACCUGCGCGCUGUAUAUGUUCAAUCCUGGAGUGUAAACGCCGGCGGUAAAUAAAUGCACGUGUGGCAGCAGCUCACCAACGCGGUCUGAACUCACUGAAGGCCUUGUCAGCAAAACAAAUCAGUCAUUGCAAAGUGAGCAGGCUUCCGUCUGACUGCUGUUUGGGAAUGAUGAUGGGAGCUUUUUGGAUGCAGUUGUUUUUGGAUUUGUCUUCAGAGUUAAUUUUGCUGCUGGAGGAGACCCCCGCGUGGGGUGGGGGUGGUGGGGGGUCCUUGUUGAUGCACCAGGAUGACGGCCUGAUGGGUACGAUCUGUGACAGAGGGAUGUACUGCAGCCAGCUUUGCUUUAUUUUUAAAUGUUUGUUUGUUUCCUGGAGGCUCGAGAUUUACCGCAGCUCUGGCUGAUUGAAAUAUUACUGCUGUGUCACGUGUUUACUCCAGUAAUUCCCCGAUGACUUGGGGACCCCCCCCUCCCUCCUUAAAGAAAAGCAACAAAAAAACAAGGUUGCUAUUAAAACUUUACAGCGGCCUUUUAAAAAUGUCAUUCUUAUGCGCGUAGGCAGUUUUACACGGAGACACGCAUGCUCAGUGUUAAUUAGAUAUGGUCCCUGAAGUUUCUUUAAAAAAAAUCUGACUUUAGAAGAAAAAAA